UUUUUUUUUUUUAAUAAGUUAACCCCAUUAAUAAAUAAAAAAAAAAGAAAUAAAAUGUCAAGUAAGACAGCUUCUUGGGUGGUACGUGAAUAUAAACUUGUUAUGGUGGGCGGUGGAGGUGUAGGCAAGUCUGCUUUGACAAUUCAGUUCAUUCAAUCCCAUUUUGUUGAUGAAUAUGACCCAACUAUUGAAGAUUCAUACAGAAAACAAUGCGUUAUAGACGAAGAAACUGCACUUUUAGAUGUUUUGGAUACAGCAGGCCAAGAAGAAUAUAGUGCUAUGCGUGAACAAUACAUGAGAAAUGGAGAAGGAUUUUUACUCGUUUAUUCAAUAACAUCACGAAUGUCCUUUGAGGAAAUAGAAACGUUUCAUCAACAAAUUUGUCGAGUCAAGGAUAGAGAUUAUUUCCCCAUGGUAUUGAUUGCUAAUAAAUGCGAUCUUGAAUCAGACCGUCAAGUAUCCAGUCAAGAGGGUAGAGAUUUGGCAAAGAAAUAUGGCUGUCAUUUUGUCGAAGCAUCAGCCAAACUUCGCAUAAACGUGGAUGAAGCGUUUUAUGAAGUUGUACGAAAUAUUCGUCGCUAUAAUAAGGAACAAGACAUGAAUAACAAUAAACAUACAAGCUCCGGUUUCUAUGGCGGCAAUAGUGGCAAUGGCGGCAUGAAUAAAUUUGGUGUUGAUGAUCCUAAUGAUAAUGCUUCAUCAAAAUGCUGUAUAUUGAUGUAAAAUAUUUAUUAUUUUAAUGUAUAUCUUUUUAUUAUUAUUACUAUUAUUA